AUGCCACUUACCUACCAUCCUCAAGCUCGCCCCAACACCGCUCCUCAACGCGUUCUCUUUCACGUCCGCCACUUUGUGGCGGAUAGGCGCCGCGCUGUCCUGCUCGUUCAAGGACUUCGUCGAAGGCUCGUCAACGCCACUCGAUCUUCGAUGCCGGCCUUGCCAUUAGGAUUUUUGAGUCUCCUUGAAUCUACGCUCUUUGGGCUGCGGCUCUCCUUCGACACCCUCGACCCUCCUGUAACGUCCUCAAGCCAUCCUCGAGACCUCGCUCGACCUUCCUACCUUGUGGGAAAUGCUCGUAGGCUUAAUCUUUGGCUUUUCGAUCGCUCUCGACAUCAAGACACGCUUUCGACCACGCGAUCCACCCUCGACAUCGAGACGAACUACCGACGCUCUCUCGACCUCGCUUCGCUUCGACAUCGAGACGAGCUCCUGACACUCGCGCUCUCUGGCUGCGCAACACUGACCUUUCGUCUCGGGCUCUCUCCUUCCUCUGAUGCUCCGAUGGAGAAGAACGAAGAGCAAGGCUCCACACGUGUGCCUCAAGCGACUUGUGUGCCUCAAGACCCCCUUGGGAUAGGUGCGCUGCUAGCGGGCGGUGCACCGGCGCCAGACCUCAUCGUGGUCCAAGGGUGA